CAAUAAUAACGAAAAUCGUAAAUCUGUUUAGUUUUACAAGUAAAAACCAAUAUUUUUAUGAUUUAUAUAUGCACUGUAGUAUAGAAAAGUUGGUACUCGACCUCUAUUUUGUCUUACCCUUCACGCGACGAGGGAAAUGAUUUAAUUUGUUCCACUUUCAUACAAGAAAUCGGUGAGUGGUAAAUGUUAAAAGUAGCUGAACUGGUUUUAUGAGGAUAAGCCAUAAUCUGCAAGUUCAACAAUGGCAGAUGAGCAGCAAUUCUGUCUACGCUGGAAUAACUUCCAGAUGAACAUAACAUCCCAGUUUGAGGCAUUACGUGAUGAAGAAGACUUUGUGGAUGUGACAUUGGCUUGUGAGGGACAGCGUCUAAAAGCACAUAAAGUUGUAUUAUCAGCUUGUAGUCCUUACUUCAAGGAACUUUUCAAGAGUAAUCCUUGCAAACAUCCUAUAUUGUUCAUGCGUGAUGUGGAAUUCAGACAUUUGAAGUCUCUGGUAGAGUUCAUGUAUGCUGGAGAGGUCAAUGUUGCACAGGCACAGUUAUCAGCAUUCCUUAGAACUGCAGAAUCACUACAAAUACGUGGACUCACAGAAGCACCACAGAGGCAUUCAAGGUUUGAUGGAGCAACAUCAGAUACUGGACACAGCCGGCGUGGUACACGCAGUGGCAUUCCGACGUCACCUAUAGCAGGAGCUCCAGAAGAAGAUGAUAUCCUGAGCCUAAGCCCUCCUGCCUCCCCAUCUCCUCCUGCCAAACGCCCAUGUACAGCACCAGAUCCAGCAAAUAUCAAGAGAGAAGCUCCAGAUAUUGUUGAGCCAAAACUGGAAGUCCCUGACUAUAGCAGUGAUGGAGAAAGCAGAACAGAAAGUGGAAAUGGAGCUCAUUAUGGUGGAAUAGAAAAUCCUCUUGAUGCGAAAUCAGCAUAUGCAACUGGAGGACUACAAGGUGGAAUGGAGAUGAUUCCUGGAACAUCCGCUGCACACAAUUUCCUCUCAGACGUAUCAACACUGCCACAGGAGCCAGCUUCACAAGGAAACCGUGUGGGCUGGUGUCCACCAACACUGCUGCGGCAUGCCAUGUCUUCCUGGUCCAGGGACCACUCUGCCCGAUACUUUGGAACUCCUCCUAAUUUUGUUGGCGAUGAACAAGACUCAAAGGAGAUGGUGCCUUUGGCUGCUGGUGUCCUGGUACCUGCUUCUCUGCUGCAACGAGUUAAUCGAGCUGACUAUCGGAAACUCACCCGCGGUCUUGCAUCAGCUCUUUUCUCACCCCUUGAACUAGGAUCAAGUUCAGUGACUGGUCAGCGGUGGACUCGAGCAGGAUAUUGCUCAGGCCGACCAACGAAACCUGCUCUGGAUCGGCGUCGUGUGGAAGCCAUUCUCGCAUAUGUUGGUACACAUUUUCCCACCAUCGAACGCAGCAAAGUGAAGCAGGUACUGGCAUACAAGUGUAAAGAAAGUGCUGCUGCACUGAGGGUACGUGGAUCUAAACUCCUUGGACUCAAUGAACUUCAAGACCAGUAGCAUCUGUCUGCACUCAAACCUGGAUACUCUGAUAACAUUUAUAGUCUAUAAACAAUAGCAGGCCUUUGUAACAGCUGUCAUUAAUCACAACUCUACGAGGUGUUUUGUUCUGACAUUCUGUAAAAUAUGAUACUUGAACUUGGUUCAUUUGCACCUAUUUUAAGUUGUUAACAUUGUUUUAUAUUAGACUAUUUGAGCAGUUACACUGCAUUUAUCAUUUUUUAUUCUGUCUAGUUUGUGUUUAAUUAUCUCUCUAGCUAUUUGGCCAUGUCUGUUUUCAACAUGCAUUAUGUCACUGUGGAUGUACCAGGCACAUCCCAGUCUGUAUUAUGUGACAAAUUUAAUAUUAUUUGCCUUCUGAGACUGGAGAGAACAGGUUUUUAAUAUAGAUAUGUAAUGUGCAUUAAUGUAGCAACAAUUAUGAACAUCAGAAAGAUCUCAAUGUUGCUACACUGGAAAUGAGUUUUGUGGCUCAAAUUAAAUAAUAAUAGUAAUAAUAAUAAUAAUAAUCAUAAUCA